AGCGAGAGAGAGAGAACGGGACAGAGAGACGGAAUGUGAAAGGGGCCAGGGCUGUAAUAACAGCCCGAGACAGCCCAGAACACGCUCCAGUUAGCAGACCAUCUCACUGGAGAACUAAACCUGCAUUGCAGUAGAUGUCUCAAUGUCUCAGGAGAAUCACCGGCGCUGCAGUUCCAAAGAACAAGAGCCAUCGCCCACUGCACAGGAGACGGGAUCGUCCCGGGAUAGAGGUAGGGGGAGGACCGAGCGGCCGCAGAGCGUCGAUGAUGGGAGUGAAGGAGCAAAAGAUUAUUUGUUGUCAAGAGAAGAUACUGCAGCAUUCCCACAACAGACAUCCUCCCAAGAGGCUAGAGGACAGAGUUCAAUGGGAGAUGCUAUAACAGAUCAACCCAAGGCUCCCCCUACAGCACGGAGCUUGGUGCCAGAGGAUGCUGGACAGAGUCCUGUAUUAUCACAGAAUGGGAUCCGACAGGCAGUCCGCUUACACAGCACAGAUACUGAAGCUGCAAACACAGCAGGAAGCUCAGUCACCCACACGCUGACUGGGCACAGAGCACGUUCUAGCCCUAUGGAGCACUCCAACUCACUGAGCGGACACAGCCAGCAUGGCAAGCUGCAAUCGUACCCCUCUAUCAACAGCCACAGCAGUAAGAGGAGUAAAUCCAGUUCCCGGUCAACAGCAUCUCAGAUCCCGUCUGAUGCAGAGGAAGAUUGCUGUGUACACUGCAUCCUGGCCUGCCUAUUCUGUCAGUUCCUCACACUGUGCAAUCUUGUGUUAGACUGUGCGACUUGUGGAACAUGUGCCUCAGAUAGUUCCUGCUGUUUCUGCUGCGGUUCCGAGGAAUGUGCCCCGUGUGACUUGCCAUGUGACCUGGAUUGUGGAAUUGUUGAUGCUUGCUGUGAGUCAGCAGACUGCCUGGAGAUCUGCAUGGAAUGUUGUGGCCUCUGCUUCUCCUCAUAACUGUGAAUCCUGGCAAUCCCGGCUGGCUUUGAUGGGAAUACGGCUGGAUUGUUGGUUCUGGUCAGUCUAGAAGACUCUCCAGAUGUUGGAGUGAAUGUCCUCAAGACGAGCACCAGUUAGUGAGGAUCCCAACUCUGGAAGGUAGUGUUGUCAAGACUGGAAGACAAGACAGAGUCACAAACACAUAAUUGACAUCACCGUCUGUUUGUUGGUUCAGCUGCCAUGUUGUUCAGACACUUCAAACUCCAAAGAUUCUUCUGGGUCAGUUUAUUUUGUUCCCCAUCACCAGCUUAAAGCAUCCUCUCAUGGUGUCCCAUGUUGAAACUCCACUUCAGUCCUUGAUCCCACUCCUCUAUCCAACAGGAAAUGGAGCAUAACGGGAAGGUGGAGAGUGAGUCAGGGGGAAGCUCU